GGGCCCCCAUCCCCGGCCAGCGCGGGAGCGGCCGGCCCCGGGGCGGGGCCUCGGAGCGUAGGCCAAUGGGAGCGCGGCUGGCCCAGACCACGGUCCACCUCAGAAUGUUGAUACAGCGUGCUGGCCAAUGGGCUCGCGCCUGGGGCGGGGCCGCAUGGAGGGGGCGGGGCAGGUCACAGCUUCGGGGCAGCGCGGCGCGGGAGGCUGCCGAUCCAGGGCGGGGGUCGGCGGCCCCGCCAGCCCGGCCCGGCCCGGGGCUGCGUCCCGAGCGUCCACCCUUGCAGCUGCAGCCUCGGCCCCCGGCCGGCGGGCCAUGCAGGCCGAGCGCCCUCCGGCACCCGGCCCGGGCUGCAGGCACCCCCCGCCCCGGGCCGCCAGCCGGGACCCCGCGGCCGCGCCCGUGUCGGUGCCCGCGCCGCCGCAGGGCCCUGCCGUUAGUAGCGGCUUUGCGGGCUUGAAGUUCGCGCCCCCGCAGGAACCAGAGCCGCGGGACCCGGAGACGUGGGCGGGGGCGGCGGCGGGAGCCCAGACACCAUCGACGCACAUCCCGGUACCAGCGCAUAGAGCCCCCCAAGGAAAAGCCCGGCUUGAUGAGGUCAUGGCAGCCGCAGCCCUCACAAGCCUGUCCACCAGCCCACUCCUGCUUGGGGCUCCAGCCGCAGCUUUCAGCACAGAGCCCGGCUUGCAGCCCUGGCAGGAGAGCCUGGUGAGGCCGCGAGGCAGUUACGGCAGCGGCCCCAGUGGGGACUGGGGCUGGGACCUGGCCAGUGAGCAGUCCUCCCCAGCUACCCCGUCGCCCCCACUGCCCCCUGAGGCAGCCCACUUCCUGUUUGGGGAGCCUGCCCCUAGGAAAAGGAAGAGCUCGGUGCAGGUCCUGUUCCAGUGUCUGUGGAAGCGCUGUGGGAAGGUGCUGAGCUCCGCGCCUGCGAUGCAGAGACACAUCCGCCUGAUGCACCUGGGCAGGCGGCAGGCGGAGCCAGAGCAGAGCGAUGGUGAUGGUGAAGAGGACUUCUACUACACGGAGCUGGACAUUGGUCUCGAUGCUCUGACCGACGGGCUGUCCAGCCUGACGCCGAUGUCCCCCACAGCCUCCAUGCUGCCCGCGUGCCCCCACGUGGAGCUGUCAGAACCGGGGGCCCUGCCUGGCUUGCUGCACCCACUUGCCCUAUCCCCAUCCCCGGGGCUGGGCUCUGUGGCAACCGCCCAGGUGUGCCGCAGUGACCACGCCUACCAGGUGGGUGAGGUCACAGGCAGCCGCUGGGGCCGGGUCUCAGGGUGCUCUGGAGGGGAGCGAGACCACCACUGUGCCUCCUCUCAGGGCUGCCUGGCACCCACCCAGCUGGAGCCACAGCCCACCACAGGUGGGGCCUGCAUGCCCGCCCUGCCCUCCAAGCUUGGUGCCAGCCUGAGGAAGCCCCGAGGUGAUGCCAAGAAGUGCCGGAAGGUGUAUGGCACAGCGCGCAGGGACCUGUGGUGCGCUGCCUGCCGCUGGAAAAAGGCCUGCAGGCGCUUCCUGGACUGAGCCACCUGCCCCAGCAUUCCCUCAGGAGUUAGAGGAGAACAGUUUCCACCCCCAGCCCGUCUGGGGCCUCUCCUAGCUGCAGGGUCUACUUUUUAAUGGGGGGGAGGGGAUGUUGGUGACCCUGGACCCCAGAGGUGGAGGAGGGUCCCGCCACUCAAAGUGCCUCUGAAGAAACCAGCCUUUUGCACUAAAGCCACACAAGGGUCCCCGGGGGGUGGCUGCCCUCCCUGCCUGUCUAUGGACUUGUCAAGGGUGUUGAUGGACCUGGAUUUGAGGUUACAUGGGAGCCAGUCCUGGGUGCACGCUGAGGGGUUUUGGGGAGGGGCCUCCCCCGUCGACACAGCCUGAUGGUUCACCGGCCCAGGGCUGACACUAGUACCAUGUUUGCAAAGCUCAGGUGUCUUGCCAGGAGAGAAAAAUUAAAGGUUUGGGGUUUUUCCAGAA